AUGGCCUCACCAGCCGCCGACCUCCCGACCCAAGCCUGCCCUCUCCCACAGUCCAAAGCCCCGGCCGACGACCCCGAGCUCCAGACGCGCCGACGCCGCCGCAGGUGCUGCUGCAUCUGCUUUCUCGUCACCCUCGGCGUGCUCGUGAUCCUGGGCGUCACCCUCCUCGCUCUCUUCCUCACCGUGCUCCGCGUCCGCGACCCCAGCACGCACCUCAUCUCCAGCCGCAUCGUCGGCGUCGCCCCGAGCCUCACCCAGCCCAACUUCACCUUGCUCAUCACCGCGUCCGUGCACAACCCCAACCCGGCCUCCUUCUCCUUCGCCUCCGGCACCACCGGGCUCUGGUACCGCGGCACCCACGUCGGCGAUGCCCAGGUCGACCCCGGCAGCAUCCCCAGCAAGGGAGACACGGUCGUGGAGCUGGAGAUGACGGUCUUCACAGCCGGCUUCACGGCGAACAUGACGCAGCUGCUCGAGGAUAUCGAGGCCGGGUCGCUGCCGCUGGACGCCAACGCCAGGAUCCCUGGGAGGGUUUCCGUCUGCGGCGUCUUCAAGAUCAACGUCGUCGCCUACUCCGACUGCCACGUCGUCGUCGGCUUCCCGGACAUGGGCAUCCGCGGCCAGGACUGCCGCGACCACGCCAAGCUCUAAUCCAUCACAUUGGUGGCUUGUUCGUUUCGCGGUAUCCCAGACGGAGCGUGGUCGAUGAUCCUGGAGUUCCUUCUCAUGGUGCAUGUCUACAGUCCAGACACUAGAUUCCUUUGAUUGGUACUCAUCAUGUGCAUCAACAGAGUAGCUUAAUACAUGUUUCAGUUUCCGUUGAUCAUGUGU